UAACUCUCGUUUACUUUCCCAACUUAGGACGUUUGUAUUCAUUACGGGUAGCGAUUGUUUCCUGUAAUCUGGUUUAAUCUGAUGCUUUGACAACCAGUUUGCAUUGACGAAAUCCUGCGUGGGUGGUGUAGUAGUAUGCGUGUGUGAGGAGAAGAGCUUCGUACUGUCAAACUUGUUGAGGGUGAAACAAAAUGUCUGGACGCCGAGUUGAGGAUGUGGAAAUGCGAGCGCUUCGCAGUGACCUACGCAGGAAUUUCAAGCCAAUUUUCGACAGACAUGACCCGGAAGGUUUACCAGUUCGUGACCUACAGCGUGAGAUGGAGGAUGAGGGGAUCACAGACAGAAUUCCACGGGAACGGCUAAACGAGCUGCUCGAUAUGGCAGACAGGGAUGAUAAUCAGCUCAUCACCUAUGACGAGUUCAUUAAUCUGAUGACGAGUGAGCAGGGACUGACUAAAGCCGAGCGGUCGGCGUUCCGCUCUGUCCUGGCCAUUGCCAUUGAAAAUAUAGUGCCGAAGAGCAUGAGAGAGGACUUCCUGGCCAACUACAGCUGUUGUCCAGUACCGCCCCUCUUCAUUCCUCUGAUAACACUCACAGAGGUCAUAGUGUUUGCGGUGUAUGCAGUGGAACUGAAGGAAGCUGGUGUUGCUGUGACAGCCACCAGUGGGGUUCCCAUGUACAGCCCUCUGGUGUACCGACCCACACGCCGAUACGAGGCAUGGCGCUUCCUCACUUACAUGUUCAUUCAUCAAGGGUACAUUCAUUUGAUAAGCAACAUGUUGUUUCAGCUUCUGUUUGGAGUUAUGCUGGAAGUCGUUCACAAAUGGUGGAGAAUACUCAUUCUUUACUUGCUCGGUGUGAUUGCAGGUUCUAUGGCCCACUCCUUGACUGAUCAUCAUGUGUCUCUAGUCGGAGCCAGUGGUGGGGUGUACGCAUUGCUUGGAGCUCACAUUGCCUCAGUCAUUGUCAACUGGAGGGAGAUGAAUUACAAGUGUUGUGAGGGCAACAUUGGCCGGAUUCUGCUCAGUGCUCCGGUUCGACUCAUGAUUAUCUUGGUGCUGGUUGUACCAGACACCGGGCUUGCAAUUUACCGACGUAUCUCAGAACCUGAUAACUUUAAAGUUGGUGUAACUGCCCAUAUUGGAGGCUUUGGUGCAGGACUACUUCUUGGUGUUCCCAUCCUGAAGAAUAUCAGUCGUCUUCCAUGGGAGACAACUCUUGGCUGGGUUACCAUGGCUGUCUAUCUUGCUUUUGUUGGCUUCUGUGUUAUUUUUAAUGGAUUGUAUCAGGGAUAUCCUCCAACAGACUGGAGUUAAUAUGUUGCUCAAUUUUCUACCAUGCUUGUUGUUUGUCUAAAGCUAGCAAAUAUUGCCAUAUCAUUAUUUUCUUUAUAUUAUUAUUAUAUUCCCUUACAUCAGAUCAAUAUGGCCAUGCCACGGUUUUGCCAUAUCAUAUUUAUUUUCUACUAUAUGUAUUUUCUAUUUCUUAUGUUAUAUUUCAAUGGGCUUCCCUAUAGCAUUUUCAUAGCUUGACCAGGAAAAACAUUUUUAGAAUAUGCAGUCUAUUGUGUUGCUUUUUGUUGCAUAAUAUAGAAUGUUGGAUAUGAUCCUUAUAGUUCAGAAUGUUGUUUAUGAUCCUUAUAAUUUUAAAACAAAAAAUUAAGAGGGAUAUUGGAACCUAUUCCCCUCAAACAAAAAAAAUCAAGUUCUUCCUGGGGUUUUUAACAGUAUGUUUACAAUUUAAAUUUUACGAAUUCUAAAUUUUAUAUUGGGGUACCGGUCCCCUUUUUAGUAGUUGGUCCAUGUGCCCAUUUGCCUUUGGUCCUCUCCACAAAAUCAAAUAUGUCUGGGAUCUGCUCUUGAUUUGGUGCUGUAAAUGUCAUAAACAUGCAUGAAGCCUUGUAAACAUCUGAUUCAUACCUCUAGAGAGUAUUUUUACAGGUUGGUGAAAUUGAUAAUGUAAAUAACAGUGGAUAUUAAAGAUCUCGGAUUAUUCCAAUUCAGAUUCAAAUAUUUUAUUGGUUUGCUUUUUUAUACUUUCAUAUUUCAUAGCUCUAUAUUUUAUAUCAAGUCAUAAUAUCUGAAUGUUUUAUAAUAUCAUAGUUUUUACUUUUGAAAGACAAUCUUUUAUAUGUUUAUUUGUUCUUACAACUAAAUGAUCAGUAUUUUCAUGUAAAAAACUAACAGCAGUAUUUUCUAAAUUACUGGUACACUGGGUUAUUGCUUUGAUAGCAGUUAACUGACUUUGCUUUUAGUAGACCUGAAUAUUGGUGGUGCUACAGAUCUCUAGGAAAUGGUUUUUCCUAAAUGCAGGCAUAUGUAUGGAAUUUUUUGUGCAUCAUUAUUUAUUAAUUGAAUGUGAUACUUUUUUAUGUUCCUGUACGUAUGAAGCACAGAACCGCUUUACACACUGUAUGGAUGGCAUAGUGUGUUAAUACAAGCUGUUCAUCAAAGCUGCUCCUAGGUGAUGACCAGCUAGGUCACCAAUGCCAUUCCAUCCAGUAAAAAAAAAAAAAAAAAAAACCAUGGUUUAAUUGAUCACUCCAUGAUGUACAAGUUAACCUGAAAUUGACUUGUCUGUGAUCCACAAAUUAACUAUUAAGCGCAAGGGCCGUAAAUAGGUUUUCAUUGGAAAAGAGAUUUAAAUUUAUUUUAAAACUGUUUUUCAGGAUAUGUAUUAAAUAGAAUACAACAUUUGUGUCCAUUAGAUACCAUUUAUCUUACAACUCGUUGUAAGAUAAAUAGUAUCUAUAACGGCCACUCAUGUAGUAUUAUCUAUAUAGUGGUUCUGUGCUUCAUACUUGCAUGAAUGUCAAGAAUUAUCAUGUUCUAUUUUAUAAUUUAAAUGAAUAAUAAUUUCAUUAAUAUUAAAUACUAUGAAAUAAAAAUUAACUCUUUUAUUUUUUCAGGAAAUUUCAUACAUAGAAUAAAGGGAAUCUCCAUUCUGCAGUUAGGCAUUUUCUGUCAGUAGCUGAACGAGGGAAUUAUCACAUCGUUCAUACAUUAAUACAAACAAUUUUAAAUAAUAACAUUUACUGAUUCAACAUUAAUGACCAGUUCAUAAACAGUUGUUAUAUUAAUCUGAAAUAAAGAAAAUAGCUGAAAUGAUCUCUCUUGUUUUCUAAGCAUUGCUGAAAGUAGUGCAAAAUUGAGAUUCAUACAAUUAUAAACAUCACAUAUUAUUUGGACCAAUGCAAACAUUUAUAACAAAAGUGUUAUUGCAGAUUGGAAUUAUAAAUGAACCUUUCUAUAUAUAUUUUUUUUUUAAACUAUGAACUUUAGGAUGCACCCCUAAACUUAAACAACAUGUUUCCUGUGUCUGUUAACCAACGCUUCAGUUAUCUCCAAAGAUAACCCCUCCUCCCUCUCUCUCUUUUUUUUCUCUCUCUCCCUCUCUUACUCACUCACACACAUACACAACAUACACACACAUACACACCUACAAUCUUUACUUCUUGUCUAUCGGUCUACUUGUUGUUUUAAAUCAAUUUUAUUAUUUUGUUUGCCAUGGAAAAUUUGUAAUUGUCAAAGUUAGGGAGAGAUGAGCAAAUUCUGUUGGUCAAUUCACAAUCUUAAUACAAACAUCAAUAAAUAUUGUUUAAAAACUUUUCCAAUCAUACAAUGAUGGCUCGUAUUAAUGUCACUAUACUUGCCUGUACCUAACAUACUUAUUUUCUGUUGUCAGCUUAUUGGUAUUGCUGAUUUUAAAGAUUACUAUUAUUAUUGUUUUAUUUUACCAUACUAUUUUUUAGAUUUAAAUCUUACCAUAUCAUUUAAAUGUUAACAUCAUUCUUUUCAUUGUAUUAAAUGUAAGUAAUUACAUACAUACAUGUGUUAAAUAUGGAUGAUCUCCCUUUGGACUAGUGCAGGUUUUAGUAAUGAUAUGUUUAGUUCAGUAAUGGAUUUAUGCUGUAACUCAGUCUAUUUGAACUAUAUUAAUUUGUGUAUCUGUUCUGUACUUGUUUAUAUAAGUAAUUCUACUUCGGAAAGUAAUGCAGAUAUAAAAUAUUAAGUGCCUUUUCAUAACAUUUAUUGUGUCUGUACUCCAUAUUAUGCAUAACAUGUUUUUAUUAAGGUCGAUGACGGACAUUAAUCACACCAUUGUUUUGACUUCGUACAAUAAUUAUAUCAUGUCAUAACAGAAUUUCACUUCAUGACCAUAUUUCGUAAAUGAUACAUUUUUUAAAUUACAAUAUUUUCUACAAUCACAGUUAAAUACAGUAAUUUAGUAAUGUUCAAACAAAACAAUUUGAACAGUAAUUAACACAGAAAGUAAUUAACACAGAAAGUGCAUGUGUCAGGUACACAGUUUACUGUUAUUGCAGGGAGAUGCAGAAUGACAUAACUGGAAUACUGAUCUCAUUCAAAUUAAAAAAAACAGUGACAUUAUUACUAUACUUUGCCACAUUGAAAAGAAAAAGUCUAGUAUUGUAUCUUAUAACAAAAGUACCCUUGGAUAUGUUAUGUUUAUUGUGAACAAAGCCAAAAUUAUGGUGUGGCAAGUGUCUGUUGUCAACUUAGCCCCAUUUAACUAACAGGCCCAGAACUAUAACUAUAACUUUAUUCAUUAUUUAGUGUUUUGUUUUUUCGAGUAAGAACUUUACGGGUUUUUUAGUCUAUGGUUUGCAUAUAUAUAAUUAAAUACAGGUAUCAAUAUUAUGUAGCUGUUUUUAUGUAACAUAGGCUUCGGAAGGUGCAAGCAAUUGGAGGGGCCAAUUAUAUUAAUUUGCCUUUCAACUGAAUGGGGAGGACAAUGCAUAAUCUUUAGAAUUGGGGUCUCAGUGCCCCCUCCCCACUUCCAAAAUUUAUGUGUACUAUAUACAGCUGUAUUUGUUUGAUAACACGUUUAUAUAUGGACAAACUUACCUUCAAACAGCAGUGCCUAUUUAAAAUCUUCUCUUUUUUUAUCUUGCCAUUUUUUUUGUUUUUUUAAUUUACUUGCCAUUAUGUUUUUUUUUUAAUUUAAAUAUAUAUAUUAUACAGUUAGUAAUUGUUUGUUUUCUAAGAAAUUUGAUGGAAUUUUCAAGAAGAUUUUGAGUGUGCUUAUUUCAGUUAGUCAGACUUCAGUUUUAACCCAUUUAAAAUGGAUGAUGAUGAUCAUUUUAGGUAAUUUUACAUCCAGCAUAGCAUCAUGUUAAUUAGAUUUAUUGCCUUCAAAUUGAAGCGGAUCACUCUAUUUACUAGGCAUUGUAAAAUAUUUUUGGCUAUUCCAACUUUUUAAACCUUAACUUACACAUUACCUACAUUUUCUUUAAAUUAUCAACUUUGGCAAAUCCAACAUGCUUCUGGCCAACCUGCUGUAUAUAGCAGUUCAAAAUAUAUUUUAUGCAUAAUAAAAGAGGUUCGUACCAUGAAAAUAGAAUCAGUGACUUUAACCUUCUUUAGUUAAAACAUUAGUGCAAAAUAACAUUUUAGGAUAUCAAAACUGCCAUACUGUUUAACAAGUUCUUGAAUCAACAUUUUAUUGAUUAAAACAUAUUUUAGCCUUUGAUUUUAUUAUUUCAUAAUUUUCUAAUGUAGAACCGGUUAAUUGCCAGGUCUUGUUUAUGGGAAAGUGCAUAUAAAAUAUAUAUUUCUGUUACAGUGUCAUAGUGAAUAAUCCUAAAGACUAGUAUGUUUAAUGUAUCUAUAUUACAUUUGAUUUUAUUGGCUCCCAUAAAAACCACAUGGUCUCUUGGGAUAGCCUAUGUUGUUCUCCGCAAUUUCAGGUGGUUGAUCAGUGGUUUUACAGGUGAUUAAAGUGACGGACCCUAGUUUUUAAACACUACAUUUGUUUUCACUAUUAGAGCCGUUUUUGAUAAUUAAAAUUUGAAGUUAUUUACAUUUUAUUGUUUAGAAUAUCCAUUUCCGUAUAUCCGAAGUGGUCAUCCUAAUAUUAAUAAUACCUUGAAAUAAAUGUUUUAUACAGGCAAGCUUUAGUCUAUUUGUAAACCAUCACAGACUUUUGUUUGACACGCGAGGACUCGGGUACAUUUGAGACUACUGUCCUCAACAUGUUCUGCCCAUUCUGUCAUGAAAACAGAAUGGAUUUGAAUGUAUCAGCAUAUAGAUCUUUUGACGGGUAAAAACUAGGGUCAGCGGCUUUAAAAAAAUGAAGAUCCUCAAGUGAGGUGAAUGUAUGCAACCUGCUUUUGUCACUGAUGUAAGAUUUAUAAUUUAAUGUUAGGUUUAAAUGAGUGAUAAGUUUUUUUACUCUACAGACAAUACCUUACAGGCCCAUCAGAGCUGGGAGUAUGCUCCCUAAAUAAACCCCCCUCUUUUUGCCCAUCUCAGUUUUAAAAUAUAAAAAAGAUACAUUUAUAAUGUCUCAAAAAUCACCUGAGCACAUCUGUAAUUAAAAAAGUCAAGAGCACCCAAGGGAGGGGUGUGAGGCAUUUUGUUUGUAUACCCACCACCCACAAAAUAAAUGUUUAUUUAAUCAAAUAAGUAUUAUGUAGAUCAUGCCUGUAGGAUGGGGAGAGGGGGUUUGAACAAAGCCCCUAAAAUCAGAACCAUGUAAAUUUGUUCCAUUUUAAGGUCGAAGGCACACACCUUCCCCCUCACUCCCAUACUGCAUUCAAAUGUGAAACAACCCCUAAUCCUAAAUACAUAUAUACAGAAGGGUCAAAGAUGACCCAACAUAGAGAAGUCAACCCACAAAAACGUUUACACUCCCUUCACUCGUGAUAAUCAUAAAAACUUUUACACUCCCUUCACUUGUGAUAAUCACAAAAACUUUUACACUCCCUUCACUUGUGAUAAUCACAAAAACUCCUAUUUCAAGAUCCACCUUAGGGUAUGAGUAUGCCUCGGAACGACAAGGCAUCGACUAAUAAUUAUGGUGCCUCCUCUCAAUUCUGAAAUGUCCCCUGGUAGUUUGCAGUCUUCUAAUUUCAGUUUUUAAUAACCAUCUCUAUUUAUGCUGUCCCUCCCCUCUAAAAUUCUCUGAUGGACCUGACUUACGACUUCUUCCUUAAUGUUUUGUCAGUGGUGUCAGAUUGAAUGUAAUAGUAGGUAUAUUAAUGAGUGGCUUGUAGAAACAAAUAGUGGGAUUUUUAUAGGUAUCCAUAAUAUAUGAUCCUUUGAUCGAUGUUUUUGUUUCAUUGACUGAAGUUACUGGCAGUAUGUGUUAAUAAAUUUCUUGUUGGCA